AUGAGCCAAUCGGACAGGGCCUCCGCCGGCCGCAAGGAUGAGCUGCGGAAGGAGGCCGCGCGCAAGCUUGAGGCGGCGAGGACCGACAACCGCCAGUGGCGGCACGAGCUCGCCAAGCGUGAAAAGCAGCUGCAGCACGAGAAGGAGCGCAGCGAGAUGCACGCGGCGGCGGAGCGCGGCCGGUACGCGGCGGCGCUGGCGGCGGAGCGGAGCGCCGCGGCCGAGGCGCAGCGGCAGCUGGCGGCAGAGGAGCAGCGGCUGCGCACCGUCUCCCGCGAGGUCUCGGCGAUCCGCGGGAUGAUUGCGGCGGCGCAGCGGGAGCUGGGCGAGGUGGAGGCGCGGAGCCGGCAGGAGGAGGACGAGGAGGCCGCCCAGCUCCUCGAGCAGCGGCGCGACUACCACCAGCGGCUCGAGGCGCUGCGAGGCGGCGGCGCCGUCCGGCGGCGGCCGGCAGCGCCACCAGCGCCAGCAGCGCUCGCGGGGCCGUCGCCGAUGAAGCAGCUGUGUGGUCCGCUCGGCGGCGGCGCGGCGACCGGCGGCAACGGCGUGCGAGGCCUCCCGUGGGGCGGCGGCGCGCCGCUCGAGCGGCUGGCGGCGACGGACGGCCGCACGCUGAGCUGGGCGGCGAGAGAUAGCCGAGAGCUGAGGGGCGGAGCUCCUCAGGCGCUGGUGGCGAGCGGGCGGCUGUCGGCGAAGGCGGCCGAGGCGGCCGUGUGGGCGGAGCGGCAGGGCCUGCCGACGGUCUGCCGGGAGACCGGCUCCUUCUCCCCCCACCUCACGCUGGCCGCGGUCGGCUGCGCGCUCUCGCACCGCGCAGCGUGGGAGAGACUGGCGCGCUCAAGCAGCGAGUGGGCGCUUCUCCUCGAGGACGACGUCGAGGCGCUCGCGCCGUCCUUCCACCGCAAGCUCGGCGCCGUGCUGCGCAAGCUGCCGCUGAGCUGGCAGCUCUGCUACCUCGGCUACCACGAGUCGUCGGGCGAGCUGCUGCCGAGGGACGCGACCUUCUCCUCGCUGCAGCUGCUGCACACCCCCUUCAAUUGCGGCAACCCGACCCUUCCACCUCGUGACAUCACCGCGGCGGCGGAGGAGCUGCUUGCCGACCCGGCGCUUUUCCCGCUCCGGAUGCAGGUCGACGUCGCGCUCGGGCAGCGGCGGUGGCCGCGCAGCUCGCGCUUCGCGCUCUCGCCCGACGCGGUGCUCCUCACCUCGCCCCGCUCGGAGGACGGCGCGUGCGACACCGACGUGCAGACGCUCGGCGAGCGGGGCGUCUCCGCACACGCCGCACUGCCCGCCGACUGGCUACACGCGUCCGGCGCAAGGCUCAUGUAG